UUCUACCUAAGGUACAAGAAACGAAUCUGGCAUUACCCCAACUGUCAAUCUCUUCACUACUCUCAACUUACAUGCGCAGAUCUCUUUCUCUCUCUAUACAAAACAAAAAAGCCCAACCGAAGUCUCUUAAAAACCAUUUAUUGUCUUCUUUUCUUGUCAUUAGUAACAGCACUUGUUGUGCUUAUAUGCAUUAAUUGUUCAUUGAUUACUCUAAUGUGAAAAAACCUUUGGGUUUUUACGUUUUGGGUAUUCGAUAAUUGACCUAAAGAGUUCUCUUUUUUCUGGUACUGAUGGGGUUUCUUGAUUUAUAGUAAUAAUCUUGCUAUUUCAUGAAUUGGGUUGUCAAAAAGUUUUGAUCUUUGAUUUGGGUUUGUGAGAAUUUUGUAUUCUUGAUAUGGGUUUUAGAGAUUAGACCAUUUAGUUAAGUCUUGUGUGAAUCUUGAUUCAAGUGGGGGCAUGUAGGGUUCAGUUGAAUGAGCUGCAAUUUGGUAACUGGUGGGAGAUACAGUUACUUUUUAUUGUUAUAUAGUUGGCAUUUUUUGAUUCUUUACAAGUGAAUUGGGGUUGGAUUUUUGUUAGGUAUUAUAGAGAAUUUAGAGAUUUUUUUUGCUGGGAGCUGGUUUGUUUGAUUGCUUUUUUCAGCUAAAUUGACUUAUGAGAUAACUUGAAGGAGUUACAAAAAAGGGAAAUUUGUUGAUUUUUUUUGGUAUAGAACAAUUUUGUAUUAAUAUGUCUGGUGGAACACCAGUUGGUGGUGGUGGAUAUGUGAGGCAGAGGCUAAGUCAAGGGUAUGGUUCGAGUGGCGAUGAUCUUGAGGAUGAUGCUUGUUCUAGGUUCGUUUCGCAAUCACAGACAAUUCCAAUUCCCAGGACAAGGACAUGGACUGAGAUCUUAGAGAAUUUUCUUUGGAUUGCUUCUGCAUUAUUCAUUGUAUACUAUGGUGAUUGGCAUCAUAAUUUGAUUUUCCUUUUGUGGCAUGAUGGUCGAAUUAGGAGAAUACCACUAUACAUUGGGAUGUUUGGUGUUGGUUUGAAUGUUAUGUUUUUCUUAUAUACAAGUAUGUUGGCUUUGGGUGUCCGGAAGUCAUAUGAGAAGUGGGAGAUUUCCAGUACAGCUGCCCUUCCCUUCAUCACUGUGCUUGGGCUCCUAUCUUUCCUAUUGUUCUGUUAUGCUCUGUGGCCUAUUUGGAGCUUGUUGACCCUUCCUCUUGUGUUCACUCUAUUCAUGGCUUGCAUGGUUAUACUUCCAUAUUUGGUUCUGGGGACAUUCAAGCCGCAAACGGAUUUGCUUCGUACAGAUUAGAUACGUUGGGUUAACAAGGACAGAAUUUUACAUCUCACUGACUUAGCUGAAGGUGCAUAUAGCGGAAGGUGUAUACGGUAAUGAACCAUUCAGAUCCAUUGCAGUAGUUCAAAGUUUCUUUUUGAACGAUUAGUUUUGAAUGAAGUAAAUAUUUGUAAGUUUUGAUAGUGUUUCAAAAGUGCAUUGGAUUCUAUAAUAUUUUGCAACAUACAUGCUGAACAAAGAGUAAAUUGUUUCCCUCAUGAACUA